AAAUUAAUUCAUGAUUUUAAACCAUACUAUAUUUGAAUUCUAACAACUAUUAAAAACUUCUAACUGUUAUUAUUCAAGUCUAUAGUACUUAAAACAAGGAGUUGCAUUAUAAAGAAAAAAAUUAGAUAUAGAGAAGUAUCAAGUGUUAAAAUGUGUUUUUCAUGGGAAAUGGAAAGUAUAAGAUUAAAUAUAUUAUUUUUUUGGUACAUUUAAUAAUGGAUGGAUUAAAUAAUUAGUUUCUGGACAUAAAAGGCCCAUAAAGGUUUUCUUAAGUUAAGCCAACCAGUUGGCAGCGAAGAUGAUCACAAGGCCGCAAAGUCACGCCACUUCGAAUUAAUAAAAGAAAAACAUUUUUGGAAACAGUAGAGAGGAGGGUGGUAGCGUCAUUUCGAAGCUUCUCCGUAAGUCCACCGUACCUAACCAAUUCUUGAUAACGUCAAAAGUAGAAACAGAGCGGAAACGCCUGUAGAGAGAGAGAGAAUAGAAGGAGAGAUAUUCAGCGGAAAGAAGUUGAGCUAAGACACGCGGAGAAAACUCAGGAGAAGCGAAUAACUUUUUUUAAAACACUAUUCUCUCCGGUUACUACUACUCCCGAUUGUUUCGGACAGUGAUUUUUUUUUGUCUCGAUACUGGCCAUUCGUUGACUUGCAUUCUGGGCUUGUGAAAAAUGGCGGCUGUUGCGAAUUUUAAUACUAAACGAUAUUCUUGGUGGUGGGAUAGUCACAAUCCCAAAAACUCUAAAUGGCUUCAGGAUAAUCUCACAGAUAUGGAUAGUAAAGUGAAGCAAAUGAUAAAGGUUAUUGAGGAAGAUGCAGACUCCUUUGCUAGGCGAGCAGAGAUGUAUUACAAGAAGCGCCCUGAGCUUAUGAAACUGGUUGAAGAGUUUUAUCGCGCGUAUCGUGCUUUAGCUGAAAGAUACGAUCACGCCACCGGUGCUCUUCGUCAUGCUCAGCAGACUAUGGCGGAAGCCUUCCCUAACCAAGACCACACCAUGAUGUUUGGUGAUGAGUCACUCGUUGGUUCUUCCGCAGAGGAGUUUGAUCCUGAGAGUUAUCCUCACAUCCGAGCUCCGGUUUACCCCAGUGAGUUACAAAAAGAUGCUUCCUCUCAUUUGAGUACAGUGAAGCGAAACAUAGCCUUCAUGGAGGAUCCUCAGUCUGUGUAUAACGGGAAAGGUUUGAAAAUUGGGAAGGCAAGAAGCGCGAAGGUUGUGUCGGAGUCUGAACGAGCUAGCAAAGCUGAAGCUGAAGUUGUGGCGCUAAAAGAGGCUCUUUCGAAAGUGCAGGCUGAGAAGGAAGCUAACUUGGCUCAGUUUGAUCAGAGUUUGGAGAGAUUGGCUAAUCUUGAGUCUGAGGUGUCUCGUGCGCAAGAGGACUCGAGGGGGGUUAAUGAACGAGCUACAAGAGCUGAAUCCGAGGUCGAAACACUCAGAGAAACGCUUAGGAAACUAGAGGUUGAAAAGGGAGACAGUUUUCUUCAGUAUCAGCAAUGUUUAAGAAACAUAGCUGAUUUGGAAGAACGCAUCUCUCUAGUCCAGAAGGAGGCUGGAGAAGCUGAAGGUGAGAUUCUAUCCUUGAAGCAAAGCCUUGCUAGAUCAGAAACUGAGAAGGAAGCUGCUCUUGUCCAGUACCGGCAAUGCUUGGAAGCGAUAUCUAACUUGGAAGAGAGGUUGCUCAAGGCUGAGGAAGAUGCAAGGCUAAUCAACCAACGGGCAGAAGAUGCUGAUGGUGAAGUUGAAAGCUUAAAGGAAAAGGUCUCUAAAUUAACUGAAGAGAACGAAGCUUAUGAGCUCCAGUACCAGCAGUGCCUUGAGACAAUUGCGGAUUUAAAGCUCAAGCUGUUUCAUGCUCAAGAGGAAACCCAAAGGCUUAGUGCUAAGCUAAAAGCUGCGGAGGAGAAAUGUGUAGUGCUUGAGAGAUCAAACCAAGAUCUUCACUCUGAGGUUGAUGGUCUACUGGAGAAGCUGGGGGAUCAAAGUCAUGAGCUCACGGAGAAACAGGAAGAGAUGGGGAAGUUGUGGACUACUGUACAAGAAGAACACUUGCGUUUCAUUGAGGCUGAGACCGCCUUUCAAACGCUCCAACAAUUGCACUCUCAGUCUCAGGAGGAGCUAAGCGCUUUGGCGUUGGAACUGCAAAAGAGGUCUCAGAUUCUUGAAGAAAUGGAGGCUCGUAACAAUGGGUUACAGGAGGAAGUUCAGGAAGCGAAAGAGGAGAACAAAUGCCUCAGUGAGCUCAACCUCUCCUCGGCUGCGUCCAUUAAAAUUCUGCAGGAGGAGGUUUCGAGAUUACGGGGGGAAAUAAAGGAGCUUGAAGGUGAAGUUGAGCUGAGAGUGGACCAGAGAAAUGCUUUGCAGCAAGAGAUAUACUGUCUUAAAGAGGAACUAAGCCAGAUAGGGAAGAAACACCAGUCCUUACAGGAGGAGAACUCAAAGCUAAAGGAAGUAAAGGAAAAGGAAAGUAUUGAGAAGACGGCCUUGCUUGAGAAGUUAGAACUGAUGGUUCAGAAAAAUCUUGUUCUUGAGAACUCCAUAUCAGAUUUGAGUUGUGAGCUGGAAACAAUCAGAGGGAAGCUGAAGACAUUAGAGGAAGCUUUUGCAGAAGAGAAAGACAUGUUGGUUUCCCGUUUGGAGAGUGCUACAGAGAACAGCAAGAAACUCUCUGAGGAGAACAGGCUACUGGAGAAUUCUCUGUCUGAUGCCAAUGCAGAGCUUGAAGAGCUUAAGUCAAAUUUGAAAAGGCUAGAAGACUCAUGCCACUUGCUGAGUGAUGACAAGUCAAGUUUAGUUAGUGAAAGAGAAAGCUUACUCUCUCAAAUGGAGAUAAUGAGGAAAGACAUUGAAGAGCUGGAGAAAGAACAGGCAGAGUUAAAAGUGAAAGUUUUGGAACUAGCAACCGAGAGGGAAUGUUCUCUUCAAAAAAUUGAAGAGUUGGGAGUGUGUCUAGAUGCCAAAGACCGUGACUAUGCUAGUUUCGUGAAACUGUCUGAGAGUCAGAUGAAUGGCAUGAAAUCAAAGAUCCAUCAUCUUAAAGACGAGAAUCAACGCAAGGAGAGAGAGUAUCAUGAUGCUCACGUUGAGAUUAUUGUUCUGCAGAAGUGUUUGCAGGAGUGGCUUGAGAAGAGUUCCUCCCUCGUUGCCGAGAAUCAGAAGAUCAAAGAGGCUUCUCAACUGUUGGAAAAGCUAGUCUCUGAACUAGAACAAGAAAACAUUGGGAAACAAGUGCAGAUUGAGUCCUCGAUUAACUGCAUUAAAAUACUGAGAGCGUGGAUCUUCCAGGUACUGAUGAAGCUUGAAGUUAUCCCGUGUAUAGAUUCCUGUGAUGAGAACUCGCAAGACCAGAAAAAUAUGCACGACAUAUUGGAUAGACUUGAUGAGAUGCAAACUAUGCUUCAUGAAAACCAGCGGUCCGCUAUUGAGAACAUAGUCCUUGUUGAGUUUCUCCGGCAACUGAAGUUAGAAGCUGUUGGCAUUGCAGCAGGGAAGAAGCUCCUUGAGAAAGAACUUGAAUCUUAUCGUCACCAGCUCUCCCUUUCGCAGGACAUGAAUGGAGAAUUGACCACAAAAGUUAACCAAGGAGUAGACAGAGAAGAAGCCUUGAAGGUGGAAACUGAGGAUUUGCGCAGGCAAGUAAAUGACUUGACAAAGUCUACAAUGCAGUUGGAGGAGGAGAAACGUGAACUAGAAGAGGAUAUCUCUUUGCUUCUCUCCGAGACUAUAUACCAAAGCAGUCUCAUUCUUCUUUUGGAGGAUGUCGUUUUGGAGAAACUUUCAGUGGCGGUGAAGCUAAACGAGGAUUUGGAAAUGCUCAGUUUUGUUAAGAGUAAGCUCGAGGAAGGGGUAAGCGAGGUUGGUGAUAAGUUGAAAUCUACGGAAACUGAGAACUUGCAGCUUAAAGGUUUGCUAGAGAAAACAGACGCUGAACUCGCUAAUGUGAGGGAUCAAUUGGUUCAGAAGGAGAAAGAACUUCUAGAAACUAUGCUGAUGAUCUCCACCGUGCAAAACGAAAAGUCUGAAUUAUCUAAGACAGUGGAGGAUUUGGAAUGUAAAUACAAGGAAGCUAAAGCAACAGAAGAAGAUAAAGAUAUCCUAUGGGAGUCUCGGGCUUCAACGUUGUUUGGAGAUUUGCAGAUGUCAGUUGUUCGUGAAACAUUGCUUGAAGGGUUGGUCCGUGAGCUAGAGGAAGCCUACAAGAGCCUUGGAGAAAGAAGCACAUUAAAAGACGUGGAGGUUGAGCAGCUUAAAGGAAGAGUGAACAACUUAGAGGAGGCGAACAAAGGACAAAGGGAUCUCAUGAGUAACUACUCCCAAGCUAUUAUAUUGUUGAAGGAAAGCUUAGAAUCUCUGGAGUCACAUAUUGACAUGCCUCACGAAUUCGAAAAUGGACCAGCCAAAGACACUGAUUCAUUGGUGGAUAACAGCGAGGGAGUCUUAGAGUUGCAAGAAAUGUGUUUGAGAAUCAAAGCUAUUGAAGAGACCGUAACCGAAAAGCUUGCAGUUCAAGAACUAAAAACAGCAAGCAGAAGUGGAAGUCUGCGGAAACAGAACCAUGAAACCUAUCCAGAGGAAAGCGAAAUGAUCACGAAAGAUAUCGUUCUCGAUCAGGUCUCUGAUUGCUCAUCAUAUGGGAUUAGUAAGAGAGACAUUCUGAAGAUAGAAGAGGUAAAGCCACAACACCCUCAGAAAGGUAAAUCCAUGUCUGAAGAGUCACUGGUCGUGGACAAACUAGAGGUCUCAGACAGAUUCACGGAUCCAAACAGAGAAGUAAACAAGAGGAAAGUUCUCGAGAGGCUUGAUUCGGAUUUACAGAAGCUCUCAAAUCUUCAUAUAGCCGUAGAAGAUUUGAAAAGCAAAGUGGAGAGAGAGGAGAGAAGCGAGAAAGGAAAACAAGACGAGUACGAAACAGUUAAGGGACAGAUCAAUGAAGCAGAGGAAGCGUUGGAGAAGCUUCUAAGCAUCAACAAGAAGCUGGUGACAAAAGUGGUGAGCGGUUUUGAGAUAUCAGAUGGAAGCAAGUCAUCGAUGGAUCUUGAUGAGGAUGAAAACAGCAGAAGGAGGAGAAUAUCAGAACAAGCGAGGAGAGGGUCAGAGAAGAUUGGGAGGUUGCAGUUGGAGAUACAGAGGUUACAGUUUUUGUUACUGAAGCUGGAAGGAGAAAGAGAGGAUAGAGUGAAAGCGAAGGUGGCUGAUAGCAAAACGAGGACUCUUCUUAAGGACUAUAUCUAUGGAGGAGUGAGAGGUGAGAGACGGAAGAGGAUGAAAAAGCGGUUUGCGUUUUGUGGGUGUGUGCAACAACCACCUCCAUCUCCUUGAUCGUUUUGUUAAAAAGCAUAAGAAUAAUAUUCAUGUGAAUGAAAGUGAGUUUAAGUUUAAUAUAUGAAUGACAAACACCUUUGUUAAUAUAUGUUUUCGCGUUUGGAAGAUUUUAAAAGAAAUUUGUAUAUUGCAGGUGGCUGCAAUUUCAUUUUGUAGUUUUUUUGGUAAGUUCUUUUUUUGUCA